GUAUGCACUGUUUGUGCUAAACCUGGUGAUCCUAUUCCUGUGUGGGAGGUGCAUGUUGAACAACGUCAAUCUGAAAGAUUCUCCAAAGAAAAUGCGAGACGUAAAAGAAAACAAAGAGAACAAGAUGAUUCUUACACCGAAAGAACAAAAUCUAUUCUCAAAUGUUUUAGUGAUUUAAAAUUAAAACCUGAUUUGAAUGUUAUGGAAGAAUGGUGGUUUCCAAAAGAAUUAAAAUUAGAAAUACAAGAGAUAAUGGCUGAAUUACGGAAUAUCGUCGUACCACGUGUUUCAAGAUUGAUGGAAUUAAAUAGUCGUUUGAUGGCUGAUGGUAUAGCUGUAGAUAAAUUACGGAUGGAAUUAGAUCUUAAAACUCGAAGAAUAUAUGAUGACUUUGUUUUAGGAGGUAUACCGAUAGAAGAAUACCCAUUAACAGCUGCUAUAACGCGUGGUGAAAUACUUGCAUAUUUUACACGUGAAAGAAUCUUUGAAUCGGCUAUCAUCUCAACUUGGUAUAGUUCAAUUACAAAUGAUGAUUUCUUAUGUUGUCAUCUGGAACGUCCACGGUUUUUACGUGAUGCUCGAGAAUGGUGGGCUCGUCGAGGAAAGAAACCUCCACCAGAAAAAUGUGGGGAAUUAUAUCUUGCUCGAGUUCGUAAAAGACAAGCUUGGUUAAAGAAUGAUAUGUCAUUGGUUACAAUUCAAGAAAAUUGGAGACGUGAAUUAUUAGAACGCAAAUUAAAAGAAAAAAUUGAUUGGUACUUUACGGAAUUACCAAAGUAUAUUGCUACUUUGAGGAAUACUUAUGAAUUGAAUUUAAAACGAAGAAUGAAAAAUAGAGAAAUAUUUUGGAUGAAGGGACUGUCUUCACAUCAUGAUAUGGUAGAACCACCAGAAAAAUUGAAGCCAAUGUAUUGUGAUUAUGAGGACUUUAUUAAAAAUUGUAACGGUUUCUGCCCAACCGAAGAUGGUUAUUGUGCUAAAGAUAUAAUUCGAGCAAAUACGAUAUUGAGACGUAGGGAUUGGAUGGAUGCUCAAUUGAGAAAAUGUCAAGAAAUUAAUUAUCGAGGCCCUGAUUUGUUAUUGUGUCCAGAAGCAAAGGAAGAAUACUAUUAUGCUGCUAGAAUAAUGUAUAUUUGUCGCGCCGAAAAAUUCAUGCGAAGACUUCUAAACGAAGUUCCUACCUUUUCUGCUGAAUUAAUCACAUCCGAGGCACGUGAUUGGUAUAAACGUUGCCUCGGAAUUGUAUCUGACUUUUAUGAUCCACCACGUCGCCCUUGUUCAUGGGCUGCAUUUACGACCAACUGUUAUUAUUAUGAAGUUCAUACCAAUAUUAUGGAAAGACCAGAUAUUGAUUAUACAAUUCAAAAAAUUUAUGAAUGUGAAUUAAUUCGCAUAACUCGAUUAGAAGCUGCCGAUAAUGCAGCAAAAGAAGCUCGAUUAAGUCCUAGCUUUUGGAACAAGGCAAUGGUUAAACGACCAAUGGAUGGUGUUUCAUUUGCAACAAGAGUUAGAUGGAUUGCUUCGAAUGGUUGGUUUUCUCUAAAUCAAUUAGCUCAAUCAUGGGUAUACGAUGAAGGUCAAGCUCCGUUAAAUCCUGAAUUCUUUUUACGUGCCACUUAUGAAAUUAACACUAUUUAUAAGGUGUCUAAUCUAUAUAAAGCUCAUGUUGAAGAUGUUAAACCAGGAAUUGAUCCCAAUAAAGUUGUAAGACAGGUUAUUGAUCUCAUAAGAGAUGUUAAAACCGGUGUUAUCAGCAAAAGUAGCCUGUUUGUUGCAGAUCGUGAGAGAUUUGCUGAAGAAGAAGAUGACGAUGAUGAUAACGCAGGCGGUGUAAUCAAUGUCGGUGGUGCGGUUAAUAAUGGUGGUGUUAACGUAACAGUAAAUAACAAUUUAACAACCAAUCCUAUAACAACCAAUCCUACAACAACCAAUCCUACGAUGACAACAAAUCCACAACCUAUCCAGAAUGUGGUAAUGCGGCAAGAUACGACGCCUGAUAAACAUUAUGAUGUUCGAUGGACGUAG